UAAGCGCUCACAGCUGGGAAGCCCCACGCUGAGCACUUCCCCAGCGCCAUCUGUUCUCAUCCUCUAGCUGCGAGCUGUGUUCUGUGGUUGCCCUCCUGUUACGGAGGAGGGAAUGGAGUCCCAGGGGGGCUCCCUGCCUCAGCCGAGGUCUCACAGCUGGCAUGUGGCCGUGCCAAGACCCCCACCAGGGCCGUCGGCUUCCAGGGCACGUGUGGGAGAAACGUCGGGGCUCUGAGACGUGGGCAGGCUUGGAGGAUUUAUGUGCUGCUGAGACUCGACCCCGGAGCUUCCGUCUCCAGCACCUGAGGGGCACAGCCGAGCCCUUCCUGAGGCUCCACAACUUGUACCCGACCCCUCGCUGUGCCCGGCAGGCCGCCCUGCCCAGGCUGAGCCGUCGGGUGGUCAGCCAGCACUCCUAUCCGCUCAACCGCUUCUCCUCGGUGCCCCUGGACCCCAUGGAGCGCCCCACGUCGCAGGCGGACCUGGAGCUGGAUUACAACCCGCCGCGGGUGCAGCUCAGCGACGAGAUGUUCGUCUUCCAGGACGGCCGCUGGGUCAGCGAGAACUGCCGGCUGCAGUCGCCCUACUUCUCCCCGUCCUCGUCCUUCCACCACAAGCUGCACCACAAGAGGCUGGCCAAGGAGUGCCUGCUUCAGGAGAACAAGACGCUGCGCGAGGAGAACCGGGCGCUGCGCGAGGAGAACCGCAUGCUCCGCAAGGAGAACAAGAUCCUGCAGGUCUUCUGGGAGGAGCACCAGGCCGCGCUGGGCCGCGACGACAGCCGGGCCUCGUCGCCGCUGCUGCACAAGGACAACGCCUCGUCCCUGGAGGCGAUGAAGAAGGAGCCGGCGCUGCAGGCGCACCGCGGCCGGGAGAACAGCACCCUGCAGCUCCUCCGCGAGGAGAACCGGGCCCUGCAGCAGCUGCUGGAGCAGAGGAAGGCCUACUGGGCCCAGCCCGACGAGAAGACCGCCUCGACCGAGGAGAUCAAGCCCAUCUCCUCGCCCCACGAGGAGUCCCACGGGCUGCUGCCGGCCCCGGGCCCCGGCCUCCCCUCCCCCUUCGAGGAGCCCAAGGGCCUCCCAGCCCCGCCGGAAGACUCCAAGACCCUCCGGGCCCUGCGGGAGAUGGUGAGCACCCUGUCCGCGCAGCCCGGGGAGGAGGUGGGCAAGGGGGGCCCGGGCCUGCCCGACGGCAGCCAGUCCCUGGAGCUGCUGCGGGAGAUGAACCAGGCGCUGCAGGCGCUGCGGGAGGAGAACCAGAGCCUGCAGGUCCUCCGCGACGAGAACCGGCUCCUGCAGGAGGAGAACCGGGCGCUGCACGCGCUGCGCGAGGAGCACAGGCUCUUCCAGGAGGAGAACAAGGCCCUGUGGGAGAACAACAAGCUGAAGCUGCAGCAGAAGCUGGUCAUCGACACGGUGACCGAGGUCACCGCCCGGAUGGAGAUGCUCAUCGAGGAGCUGUACGCCUUCAUGCCGGCCAAGAGCAAGGACCCCAAGAAGCCCAGCAGGGUCUGAGGCUCCCCCGCCCCCCAGGCGCAUAGAGGCACUGGGCUGGGGCGCCCCCACCACAUAACGCCCACCUUCCCCAUGGGCCCCUGGCCUGCCCCUACCAGCUGGUGCCCAGUGCAAGAGCAGAAUGAGCGGCCUGGUCAAUUCAGAGAAGUAAUAAAGGCCUGAGGAGGCUGGGGCCUAA